UGUGUGUGUGUGUGUGUGUCCGAAAAAGACUCGCAGGGGAGUGGAGAGCGGAGUAAUUCCAACUCUCUAGAAACAACAGCACGGAGUCCGUCCUGGAGUUCGGUACCGGAGCCUCCCGAUCAUCUCUGGAACGGAACCCUGGCGUUGGAUUUGUUUUUUGCAGAACGGGACUUUGGUGUUGUGAGGAGUUAUUCCGGGAGGAAGUAGGGGUUCUGAUGGGUUUGUCGUUGUGGUCGGUGUAGGCUGCUCCUGAGCUGAAGAAUAUGAAUGCUGAACUUUGUGCGGGAUCUCCAGAGUGCUGUGGAGCUGAGGGCUUUAUGGAAAGGCUGUGACUGGGUCCCUCUGCGGCGCGACCCGGGUCUGAGUCAGACUCUCUGAUGCUGCAAGAGAGACACAAAACGGGGACCACCAGGUGCGCAUGUUGCGCCCACCGUGCACAGACUCCUGGUCUUUGGCGACAAGUUUAAAUCGAUGUGGCAUCCUCCCAGAGGCGGACGGGACCGACUGGGCUCAUCCAAAACUGUCUAGGUUGUCGUAUGUUCAAGUCGAAACGAUCAGGACUUGUUCGGCGACUCUGGAGAAGCCGUCUGGUCACCGAGAGCGACGGGCGGUAUGGAAGCAGGCGAGGCGAUGCAGGAACAAGGGCAGGACGGAGUGGAUACUCGGGCACGCUCCGCGAGCAGCAGCCCGUGACACAUUGUGACCCGGCCCCAGGACUCUCUGCAAAGGCUGGAGACCUGGCUGAAGGGGUGGAGAGGGAGGAAGAGGAGCAACCCGACGACGAACGGGGUGCCAUGUGUGUUCCGGAAUACCGGAACCCCGGGGGGGAGCAGGAGGGUGAGAGCAGCACGGUGACGUGUUGCUUGUUUGGGGAAUGGGGUCUCAGACCUCGGAGUCCUUACUGGGCCCUGAGAAAAGAUGGAGGUGGCCCCUAUCGGUGCGCACCGAGGCGCGCGGGGCUGGACGAGGAACUGGCGAGCAGCGCGCACGCUUUUCUAAAGAGACUCAAAGAGAGAUCCCUGGACGCCCUGGUGAAGGCUGUGGAAACCAAAGGAGGGAUCAGCGGCGAGUGCGUCAUGGUGCCGAGGACUGAGUUGAGGAUCGAAGCGCAUCACGUCUCUCCUCAGUAUUUGUUGUGUAGGCUGUUCCGGUGGAGCGACCUGCCACUGUCAACACGACUCAAAGCGCUGUUCCACUGUCAGAGCUUCGGCGCGGCGGACAGCGCGAAGGUGUGCUGCAAUCCCCAUCACUACAGCCGGCUGUGCGGGCCAGAAUCCCCUCCACCCCCAUAUUCUUUGUCUCAUUCAGAUGAACAUAAGCUACUGGACUCAGCCCUGUCUUACACUGAAACUGCGCCCCCUCUUCUCUCCAGUCCGCCUCACGCUAUGCCAAGAGACUACACAGACACUGGUACCUCCAUCGGCUCCUCCACAUCUGGCGAACAUCGCUCUCACUGGUGCAGCGUUGCUUACUGGGAGCAGCGCACCAGAAUGGGUCGCCUUUAUCCAGCCUACGAGCCCUCGCUCAGCAUCUUCUAUGACCUACCUCAGGGCACUGGCCUCUGCCUCGGCCAGCUCCACGCAAACGCCUACCACAGCCGCCGGGAUGACCUGGGCGGCCACGGCACAUCAGACCUUUAUAGACAUCGCAGCAACGGAGCUGGAGUGAGCAGCAGCAGCAUACAACAGAUUCGCAGAAAAAUCGGUUUUGGCAUUGUUCUGAGUCGAGAGCCGGAUGGAGUUUGGAUCUACAAUCGCAGCCAGCAUCCGGUGUUUGUCCACUCACCCACACUCAACCCACCCAGCGCUCCUGGGCUGAGCGUGAACAGGGUGAUGCCAGGUUUCUCCCUUAAGGUGUUUGAUUAUGAACGUUCCAGCUGGAUGAGGGAGAAUGGUGUGAAGCCUGAGUCCGAGGAGGGGCCCUGGGACCCCCACAGUGUCCGGAUCAGUUUUGCUAAAGGAUGGGGCCCCUGCUACUCCAGACAGUUCAUCACCUCCUGUCCCUGCUGGCUAGAGGUUUUGCUCAACAACCACAGAUAACACACACACACACACACACACACACACACACACACACACACACACACACACACACACACACACACACACACACACACACACACACACACUCGUCUGGACUCAGUAUCCCAAUUUUAAUCUACCUAGAUUUAAUAUAAAUUUAUAUAUUAUAUAAAUAUAUAUUUUACAUGUCAAUACUUGAGUCAUUUUUACGAUGCAAUUAUUUAUGUAUAAUGUUUAUUAUGUGUAUAUGGACAAUUUAAAAGGAACAAGAAUAUGCACUUUGAUUCUAAAUAUGCAUUACUGAUUUCAUGUGUCUGUAAAAGUCACAAAAACUUGGUUUAUGUUCUCAUUAUUUUUCAGUUCCAUCAAAACGCGACAAACGUUGUCAAUAAAGCAUUUAUAUAAAAUAAAAUCUUUU